AUGGUAGCAAAGCAUAACAAUGAUGAACGUUUCAAGUCUAAUAAGGAUCUAUAUAUUGGAGGUGUAUCAUACAAAUGCGGGACGUGUAAUAAAGAGUUUAAGUACACAACGCAUUUGAACAGACAUCAAAGAAUUCAUACAGGCGAAAAACCUUAUCAAUGCGAAUUUUGUAAAUAUAAAUCUAGAACUAAAGGAAACCUAAAAGAACACAUGGUAGCAAAGCAUAACAAUGAUGAACGUUUCAAGUCUAAUAAGGAUCUAUAUAUUGGAGGUGUAUCAUACAAAUGCGGGACGUGUAAUAAAGAGUUUAAGUACAUAACGCAUUUGAAUAGACAUCAAAGAAUUCAUACAGGCGAAAAACCUUAUCAAUGUGCAUUUUGUAAAAAUAAAUUUACCCUGAAAGGAUCCCUAACCCAACAUGUGGUGGCAAAGCAUAACAAUGAUGAUGCUUACAAGUCUAAUAAGGAUCUAUAUAUUGGAGGUGUAUUAUACAAAUGCGCAACGUGUAAUAAAGAGUUUAAGUGCAAAUCGCAUUUGCAUAGACAUAAAAAAUCUCAUACAGGCGAAAAACCUUAUCAAUGCGAAUUUUGUGAACAUAAAUGUAGUCUAAAAGAGAACCUAAGAAAACACGUGAAAACAAAGCAUAGCAUUGAUGAACAUCUCAAGUCUAAUAAGGAUCUAAACACUGGAGGUGUAUUAUACAAAUGCGGAAUGUGUAAUAAAAUGUUUAAAAACAAACCGCAUUUGCAUAGACACGAAAGAUCUCAUACAGGCGAAAAACCUUAUCAAUGCGAAUUUUGUGAACAUAAAUGUAGUCUAAAAGAGAACCUAAGAAAACACGUGAAAACAAAGCAUAGCAAUGAUGAACAUCUCAAGUCUAAUAAGGAUCUAUACACUGGAGGUGUAUCAUACAAAUGCGGAAUGUGUAAUAAAGAGUUUAAAAACAAAGCGCAUUUGCAUAUUCAUGAGAUAACACAUAUAGGCGAAAAACCUUAUCAUUGUGAGUUUUGUGGAGAUAUGUUUAGUUAUCAUGUGGACUCGAAGCACAACGAUAAAAGACAACAUCCUUGCAAG